AUGUCAGCGGAAAACGAAGAACUGGUGGCAGCCCCUGCGUCCGAAGUUCCUCCUGAGGAUGUGCCACCCAAACAAUCGGCGCCGACCAUCGACUUAGGAGAAAAGAAACCUUUGGUGGUCGAACCGCUGACCGUUUUCUCGGACGAAUCGUACGCGUGCGACCGGCAAUACGCGAUUGUGCUCGCCCAACUCGUGUCGGUCAAAGAACGGGUCAAAGUUUACACGUGGAUCGAAAGGAUGGACACGAUGAAGGACAGCGACGAUAUGCGUGAAGAACGUGACCUCUAUUUGAAAUUUUUAACCGUGUCGCUGAAUAACGGAAAACUGGUUCCACCGUUCACCAAGGAUCCGCCAGCAGGACUGCGCCCGCUCAGCACCAUCGUGCCCAGGUCCGUUUACAAUUUUAUCUUCAAAGGAAAAUACAUCAAUGCCGAUUGCACCUUCCGUAAUACCAAGGAGGUGGUGGACCAGAAGUUCAGUCCACCCUCAGAGGUCGAGCCUAGCCAGUUUUUUGCCCGACAGCCAGUGCCGCACAACGGUGACGUCGUGUACGCCGCCGCGUUUAGCACCAAAAAAUGA